CUGUUCCUUCGGUCUCUCUUCGCUUCUUGUCCUUUCACGCCAGUACCAGUCAUCUUGCAUUGGGCUCAGUCCGUCACUUUAGCGCCAGCAACGGACCCCGCGAUAAUUGCCUUGCUUCGUCCACCAACUCUCUCCCUGCACUCUGCGUGUUUUGCCCCGCUCCACGAGAAAGCUGUUCUGUCGCAAUCGUCCUCCGCGAAACGAGAACAGACAUACAAUAAAGCUCCUUUCACAUCUCCGAGCGAUUUCACAAUCAUGUCUUCCGCAGCUCCCCACAGCAACAAAAGUGCCUCCAGCACCAAUGGCGAGGUGGACAUCAAGAAUUUGGGUCACGUCGAAACCCCCAAAGUUGAAGGAACAUGGACCGUUGAGAAGGCUCUUGAAAUCUCUCCAGGCACUGCAGGACCUGCGGACGCCGGCUCACCGCUCCCUUACUUCCAUCUGAUUGAGCGCCUCAAGACAACCAAGCGGGAGGGUUGGCGCCGUUUUGGCAUCGCGAGAGGAGAAUCUAUCGCUGACCACAUGUACCGCAUGUCCCUUUUAUCAAUGCUCGCCCCGCCUGCCCUUGCGCCCCGUCUCGAUCUCGCGCGUUGCAUGAAGAUGUGCCUGAUACACGACAUGGCCGAGUCUCUGGUUGGAGACAUCACACCCGUCGAUGGCGUGGCGAAGCCCGAGAAGAACAGACGUGAGGCGGAGACGAUGGACUUUAUUACCAAGAACCUUCUUGGCAGUGUCUACGGCGGUAUCCCAGGUGCCGAGAUUCGCGAGAUCUGGCAAGAGUACGAGGACUCCCAGACCCUCAACAGCCACUACGUACACGAUCUGGACAAGAUGGAGCUGCUUCUCCAGAUGAUGGAGUAUGAGAAGCGCGGCCAGGGCAAGCUUGACUUGGGCGAAUUUGCAUACGUCGCGACCAAGUUCACAUUACCCGAGACCAAGGAAUGGGCGGACGCUCUGCUCAAGGAGCGCGAACAUUUCUGGGGCACCCAGCAGCAUGUCCACGGCGAGGAUGGUAUCGAAGGCGGCGUCCAGAAAGACCGGCGGCAGCAGCAAGAUGAUUACUAUGAGCGCAAAUGA